AUGGAGGAGGAAGAGAACAACCAGCUGGCCUUCCUGGAUGUCCUCGUAUGCCGCAAAGAUUGUGGUGGACUAAAGACCAAAGUGUUCAGGAAAGCGACAAAUACGAUGCAAGUACUGAACUUCAACAGUAACCACCCAAUCAGCCACAAACGCAGUUGUGUAAGGACGCUCUAUCGGCGUGUCGAAACGCACUGCAGUGAGCCGGAAGGCAAAAUUGCUGAACUACAAUACCUCCGACGGGUCUUCAAAGCCAAUGGCUACCCGCGCAACUUCGUCGACCGGUGCAUACGCAAAAGGGACGAAAGGCCUAACCGCACGGACACCAAGUCUUGGCGGGCACUUCCGUAUGUCAAGAACGUUUCGGAAGCUGUCGGCCGCCUUCUCGCACCACUUGGGGUUGGAGUGGCACACAGACCGGAGGCAACCAUCAGGCGUCUGAUCAUGAAACCGAAAGACCCACUGCCACGGCGAGAAACGUCUGGAGUCGUUUAUCGGAUCUGGUGCAGUUGCGGACAAAGCAACUACGUCGGAGAAACCGGAAGACAGCUCCGAACGAGAAUGGCCGAACACGCGGCAGCGGUGCGCAGAAAUGACGCCAGCUCUCAAGUUGCGGCUCAUUCGACGAGACCCGGCCACACAUUUAAAUUCGAUGAGGCCGAAAUUCUUGCAAGAGGUGACAACCGAGUGAGCCGAGAGCUACUGGAAUCAUGGUUUACUUGCCCCCAGUCCAUCAACAAGUGCAACGAUCUUCCCAUUCAAUACAGCGUGCUGAGACUUCGUCUAGGCGGAGUAAUUGGCCACGCGGGGAGCGCACUGGUGAACACUCUUCCCAACACCCGGGUCAACGCAUCAGAUGGUCGAGCAAUCAUCACGCCAACAUCCAACGCACGUGAUGAAAUUGCGGCAAUUAUCGACUCGAAUGUCGGCCAUCAAGCAAUGAUCACCCCAAGUGUGACAAUCCCGGAUGAAAGGGGAAGCCGUGAACGUUCAUAG